AUGACCAAGGGAAUCCACGACAAGCAAAACCCGCAAAAUCGACUUCGUUUGCGCAAAGGCGCCAAGAUACAAGAGCGCGAUAAAGUUGCAGCCAAGAAGAUCCGUUCCUUUUGCAUCGCCAAUGAAUCUGUCUACGAAGCGAUUCUCUCGUUCCUGAGCAACAAGGCCCUCACCAAGAUGCAAAUGAUCACUGGCACCCUGUGA